CUCCACCGGACCCAGAAAACAGCAGCAGGAAACCGAGAAAUAAUUAAAGAAAUCAAACAACUCCUUGAGCUCAUAAGAUUUAAAAUUCAAACCGAAAUCAAGAAAAACAUGGAAAAUCACUGGGAAAAAAUAGUAAAAAAAAUAGAUCACAGGGACCCGAACAAAUUUUUUCCGGUAAUCAACAAGUAUUCUAUCGUACACGCAAUACAUAAGCUACUGACUGACGUGAUAUCACACAUAGACCAGGAUCUUAUUGGAGCAACACUCAUAGACCUUGAGAAGGCCUUUGACACGGUUUGGUUACAUGGUUUAAUUUACAUACUUAUAAUUAUAACUAACAAUUUUCCAGAACAUCUGAUUGGCACAAUUUGGAGUAUAAUUACGUGA